CUUUCCUCAGGCGGAGUCGGAAAAAGUUGUUUGACAGCACAAUUCGUGCAGGGUAUCUGGAUUGAACGAUAUGACCCAACUAUCGAGGACUCAUAUCGCAAACAAUGUGAUGUCGAUGGUCGACAAGUAAUUCUCGAGAUUCUCGACACAGCAGGAACAGAACAAUUCAGUGAUGAACUUUACAUGAAGUCCGGCCAAGGCUUUCUUCUCGUCUUCAGUAUAACCUCCUCAUCCUCUCUAAAAGAACUUUCCGAACUCCGCGACCAACUCGUAAACCUCAAAGACGAUCCACACGUACCUAUCGUGCUGGUCGGCAACAAAUCCGAUCUGGAAGAAGACCGCGCGGUUUCCAGAGCGGCUGCUUUCGCCGUGUCGUCUGGUUGGGGGAAUGUGCCGUACUACGAGGCUUCGGCGAGGACGCGGCAGAAUGUUACGGAAGUGUUUGUGGAUGUCUGUAGGCAGAUCAUGCACAAGGAUUUACAGAAUGGCAAGGGCGGAGGUGGUCACGGGGGUGAGGAGAGGAGUAGGAGGAGGAGAGAUGAUGAUGGUGGGGAGGGUGAGAAGAAGAAGGGGCGCCGGCGUAAUAAGUGUAUCAUACUGUGA